AUGAAUGUUGCUCGAUAUCAACAGUGGGAUACUAUAGAAUUAGAACAGAUCUUACGCCAACUUAUGGCUGAUAUUGACUAUGAUAAUGAUGGUAUCGUCUCGUUGGAUGAAUGGAGAAGAGGAGGAUUAACAAACAUCCCACUUUUGGUUUUGUUGGGUGUUGAUACGGUAAGAAUGCAGAAGAAUCGCAAGAUGAAAAAACAAAGUGAAUGUGCAAUGAUGACCGCAUUUUUCUUUGCUACAACCAUUAACAUCCGAUGAUU